AUGUGCGCGCGACACGCGAAGAGCGCGAAGCUCGGGAAGCUCGGCGCGCCGGUCGCCGGGCUCGCGCUCGACGUCGGGUGCGCCGUCGGCGGCGCGUCGUUCGAGCUGUCGCGGCGCUUUCGCCGCGUCGUCGGCGCGGACGACUCGAAAGCGUGCGUCGCGGCGGCGUCGCUGAUGAAACACCGCGGACGGCUGCGGUACGCCGCUCGCGCGGAGGGCGACAUCGCGGAGAAACUCGAAGCGAUCGUCCCCGCGCACGUCGACCGCGAGAGGGUGGACUUUCGCGUCGUGGCGGACGUGAGCGCGUUGCCGCCGUCGUUUCGCGGCGGCGGCGGCGCGGCGGGGCGCGCGUGGACGCACGGGUUGCACGACGCCGUCUUGGUCGCGAACGCGCUGUGUCGGAUGUCCGACCCUCUCGCGUUCUUGUCGCAGUGCGCGCGGCUCGUGAAGCCGUGCGGCGUCCUCGUGCUCGCGUCGCCGUACGACUGGUCCGAGGCGCGGACGCCGCGAGAGAAGUGGUUGGGGGGACGGGCGGGGACGGAGACGGGGACGCGCGCGGACGGCGGCGGCGGCGUUCGGUCGUUCGACGCCCUGCGCGACGUCCUGACGAGCGAGGACGGCGGGUUCGACCUCGUGUGCGCGAGCGACGUGCCGUUCCUCGUGAGGGAACACGCGCGGAAGUACGCGUGGGGGGUGUCGCACGCGACGGUGUGGCGACGGCGCGAGUGA